CUGGCUCCACGGCCGAAUGAACUCUAAAAACAAUGAGAGACUCUCAAAAAGAGAAGCGCGAAUAUAAUACUAAAUGGACCUGCUAUGUGAAUCAGGAAUCUGGAGCAGCGAGGUCACAGUCCAGCCACUGCAGGAGCAGCGAGGUCACAGUCCAGCCACUGCAGGAGCAGCGAGGUCACAGUCCAGCCACUGCAGGAGCAGCGGGCUCGCAGUCCAGCCACUGCAGGAGCAGCGGGCUCGCAGUCCAGCCACUGCAGGAGCAGCGGGCUCGCAGUCCAGCCUCUGCAGGAGCAGCGAGGUCACAGUCCAGCCACUGCAGGAGCAGCGAGGUCACAGUCCAGCCACUGCAGGAGCAGCGGGCUCGCAGUCCAGCCUCUGCAGGAGCAGCGGGCUCGCAGUCCAGCCACUGCUUUCCAGCACAGCUUACGAUGGCGGACGCCCUGAGUCCCAUGAGUGGCGCCUGUCUGCCCCCCAGGGAGGGGGAGGAGGGGCCUGACCCAGGGGAGAGCCCCAGCGAGGGGGAGAGCCCGAGCAUGGAGCCCCACUCCGAGGGCAGGAGGAGGCACCGGCGGCGGCCCUCCAAGAAGAAGCGUCGCUGGAAGCCGUAUUUCAAGCUCUCCUGGGAGGAGAAGAAGGAGCUGGACGAGCGUGAGACGGCGCGGGCCUCCCGGAUGCGGGAGGAGAUGUUCGCUAAGGGCCUGCCGGUCGCCCCCUACAACACCACGCAGUUCCUGAUGGAGGAGCACGAUCGAGAGGAGCCCGACCUCAAGACCGAGCUGGGGGCGCGGAGGCCGGCGGGGGUCAGCCGCUCCGAGGACACGGCCAGCGAGGAGGAGUUCAUGGAGCCCGAGGAAGAAGAGGACGGCAGCGGCGGCAGUGACGGCAUGGGCAGAGCGGGGGACGGCGGCGGGGAGUUCCUGCAGAGGGACUUCUCCGAAACCUACGAGAAGUACCACGCCGAGAGCCUGCAGAACAAGAGCAAGCAGGAGCUGGUGCGGGAGUACCUGGAGCUGGAGAAGUGCCUCUCCCGCCUGGAGGACGAGAACAACCGGUUGAGGCUCCGGCUCGGCAAGAGCGGCGACAGCCCCGCGGCAGAGAGCCCCAGAGUGAGAGAACUGGAGGGGGAGCUGGAGAGACUGAGGGCGCUCAACACAGAGCUGAGCACCGAGAACGAGGGCUGGAGACGAGAGGAGAGGGGACUCGCUGGCUCCACGGCCGAAUGAACUCGAUGAACGAGGGACAGGCAGAGGGGGAGGGAGAGGGGGGUGAAGAAACAGUGUAAGGACUGCAGUUUUAAUUUAGCUUCUUGAGGAUAUUUUGCUGGUAAAAAGUUUUGUUGUUAUUUUUUUUAUGAUGUUUUAAUUUUUUUAAUUUGACUUUUUGUUUUACCCCAGUGCCGUGAUCCGAGUAGAAAUCUUAAUUGGGGGGCUGGAGCUUAAACCCUUCUGUUGUACUCGCCUUUAUUAUAUACAAUCUCCCACUGGAAGAAAACCGCAGUAAAAUCCAUAGUUACUUUUGCGCUUAUUAUUUCCAAAACAAAAAAUUGUAAUACAAAUAAAAAAUAAAAUAAAUCA